UCAGUUCUUUCCGGAACGUUCAGAUAGUCAUACGUAUGUGUAUACGUUGUGUACGUUUUAUGUACGGUCUAACGUUCAAUUCGUUCAAGGAAGAAAUAUCACUUGAAAAUUUCAAAUUAAUCUCAAAUCAUUCAUAUUUAUUCCCUUAUGAUUAUCAUAUCAGAGAUAAUCAAUGCCGUAUAAAUAACGAUACUAAUGGCAUCAUUAUAUAUCACUGUUUACGGAAAUAAAAAGACUUUAAUUAGAACAUUCAAUGUGAUAGAAUAUCUAAUAUGAUAAGUUUUCUUAUACAUUUGACGGUGCAAAAUGAAUAUCUAAACAAAACUGGAAACGUGGGUAAAGUGUAAAUCAAAACGUGACUACCUCACCCCACCCCACCCUACCCCAUACCACUACGCACCACACCCCCGCCCCCCCUAUCCCCGUCCUCUUUCACUAAGCUGAUUUGACGUAAUCGAAAAAGAAGAAAUCAUAAAGAACUUGAAGCGAUCGCGCUACUUCAUUGGUCGAAAUCAUAUUUAUUGCAAUACGAUCACGUUUUGUAUCAUGGAUAUCUAUUCUUUAAAUUAAAUCAUUGUCUUUUUUCCCCCUCCUCCCCCCUCGAGAUCGUUGAUAUUUUAAUCAAUAAACGUUGAAUGCGUGCAGAUUUAUUACGCGUAUCUGUGUUCGUUACAUUUGCCAGGCUAAGAUCAUUCAAAAAGAAAAGGAAAAAAAAAAAAAAAAAAGAAAAAAAUUCAACAGAAAAAUUCAAAAGAAGAACGUAAUAUAAUCGUCGAGAAAUAUCUCUUAAGGAAAUUGUAUUAAGCCUAUCCAUCUCCCCUUCUCCGGCCCCCUCUCCCUACCUAGCCCUCUCCCCCUAUGUGCGCGUUCGACGACCUUGAACGAAACUAUCGACUCUGGUGUAAGAAGAAAAAAAAAAAAAGGGGGAAAUAAAAACGGCGAAGGGAGUGGGAGAAGCUUGAAAAUUUUUCUUCAACUUCGAUCUACGUAAAUAUAUUGAUUUAAACGCGUGGAAGCGUUCGACAACGAGCGAACGACCUCUUCUUCAUCGCAAACGUCAUCUUCAAGUGAAUCUUAUUGUCUCCUUGAUCUUUGGAUAUGGUCAAAGAAACAUCAGAGGAGGAUAAAAUCUCAACAAUAACCGGUAAUGUCAACGUCGAUGAACCUGCCGAAUAUGAAAGAGCUAUUUCGGUUACUGGCUUUGGACUGUUCAACGUAUUACUCUUCAUGGCGGCAUUGCCGAUAGCAUGGACCGGCGCCUUUGAUACAACAUCACCCGCAUUUAUUUUAGCAUCUGCCGAAUGCGACCUGCAACUUACAUUUUUUCGAAAAGGACUACUCAUUGCAUUUCCCUUCAUAGCAAUGCUGGCCACUGCUUCGUUGUGGGAUUACGUGACGAUUUACGUAGGCAGAAGGACCUUGUUCGUUCUUGGCUUACUAGCGGAUUCCAUCCUAAAUAUACUAAGCACUGCUGUAGACUCGUAUCACGUGUUCUUACUCAUCAAAUUUAUCAGCGGUGUCAUAGCUGGUGGUCCACCCUCGAUGGUGAUGGGAUACUUAACAGAAUUUCACUCUGCAACAUAUAAACCACGUUUCGCCGCCUGGUCUGGUUUUCUGUUUUCCAUGGCAACUAUCGUACCAGCAGCUUUGGGCUUUACUAUAUUACCCUUAGAAUGGGUAGUCGAUGUAUUUGGUAAAAGCUAUAACAGCUGGCGAAUUUAUUUACUUCUUUGUUCAAUACCACCUGUUCUUGGACUUGUUACUGCUAGCAUGUUACCUGAAAGUCCAAAACAUCUCAUGGAAAUUGGAAGGCAGGAUGAGGCAUUAAAAUUAUUUCGUAGAAUGUACACCAUGAACACAAGAAAACCGGCCAAUACGUUCUCGAUAAAAGCUUUGGUCGUCCAGAAGACGCAAUUAUCACGGCCGACGUUAAGGGCGAGCCUCGAAAAAAUGCGAAUCGACCUUUACAACACUAAACUCUUGUUCUCGGCGCCUUAUCUACCAGCCUUCUCCUACGUAACUUUCCUACAAUUUGGAAGUAUGCUCGGUUUUAAUACUAUGAGAUUGUGGGUCCCACAUAUGUUCAUGAUUUUAAGUAACUACGAUUAUGAACAUUGGAAACCUGUCGGAAGAGCUCCAACGAUAUGUGAAAUGUUGGAUCGUCAUGCCGCUAAGCCAGGCAGAUUAUAUUUAAACAAUACAAACUUUGACGAUGCAUGCUUCGAGUGGAAAAUCAAUCCUGUCGUUUAUCAAAAUUCAACGAUAAUUGCAUCCUCCGCCGUUCUCUUCGGUUUCCUUAUGGGAUUUCUAAUGACGACGAGAUUACGAAAGCAAAUGAUAUUAUUUGCGGCCUUCCUGAUAUCGCUGGCAAGCAGUUUUGGAAUAAAUUGGGCACAGGCACCUCCCUAUAUGCUGACGUUAGCAGCCGCCGUUAUCGUGACAUCAAGAAUAGCGAGUAAUGUCGUUAACGCGGUGAAUGCCGACGUUAUUCCUAUACCAUUAAGGGCCACAAGUAUGAGUAUCAUCACGUCCUCCGGAAACUUAGGAGUCGCAUUGGGGAAUGUUAUUUUCUCGGCACUUCUUGAUUUCGAGUGUCUCGCAGGUUUCCUCGGUCUUGGCUGUUUUUUCAUAAUUUGUAUCAUCAUAACGUUCCUAUAUCCAAAACCGGUAAGGGCAUCGCCGCAGAGUUUAGCGUAGCACGAGAUGAUCGCACGAGAGAUUAGACGAAAAAGAUUUAUAUCUAUGAUAUAUUUUUGAAAGAAAAAAAAAAAAUGAGAUACAUACACAUAUCCACAUAUAUAUUAUAUAUAUGUAUAUAUACACAUACAGACACACAUACAUGCACACAUAUAUAUAUAUAUACAUAAAUAUACACAUACUUUUUUAUUACGUUUUGAUACACGAACAGUAUGAAAGAAGGAGAGAGAGAGAGAGAGAGAGAGAGAGAAAGAAAGAGAAAAAGAAAAAGAGAGAACGAUAGAAUGAGUGAACGUGUAUUCGGCUGUGAAAUAUUUUUCGUCGGAUGUACCUGACAAACGUUACGCUUUUGUCGAUUUCCUAAUAAAAAUCUAACAAAAGAAUUGCACUUUUAUCCCGAGUCAUAUAAAACACUUCGAUAACUUUAUUACGACAGUGUAAAAAAAAAAAAAAAAAAAAAAAAGAAAAAAAAAAGGUAAAUACGAGAAGAAACGAGAGAGAAAGAAA